GCGCAGUCUCCGCUUUAAAGGGUAGUUUCAUCACCGUGUGCUACAACGACAAGACCUAUUUUCUCUCAUUCUUCGAUCUUCAUAUCAGCUUAAAUUUGCACAGGCGUAAUCUGGUACGAUGUCGCAGUGGGGCCAGCCGGGAUUUCAGUAUCCCAUGUCCACAGGUUAUCCAGGUCAACAGCAGCAACAAUUUCAGCCUGGCCAGAAUCCUCAAUUUCAGCAGCAACCCGGUUUCCAAUCUGGAGGAAUAGCUGGUGGUGGUUUUCAUCCUGGUGGAAUUGCUCCACAGCCUACUGGGUUUCCAGGCGCGCGACCACAGCAGGGUUACCAGCAGCCUCAACAGACAGGCUACCUGGGCCCUGGUCCCUCUAGACUGGGUAUUUUGCAAGCCCAGCCUACGGGUUUCCCAAGUGAGAAUAGCUUUGCACAGCAGGCUCGUCCACAGCCUCCACCUGUCCCGCCAAUCCCAAGUCAAUUCCAGCAGCAGCAGCCUCCACCUGUCCCGCCCAUUCCAAGUCAAUUCCAGCAACAGCCUCAAUUCCAGCAGCAGCCUCAGUUACACCAACAGACUGGGUUCGCAAAUCCACAGGCGCACCGUUUCGGACACCCGUCUCCAUCAGGAUUCGGUGGAAACCCAAGCCUCGUACCCCAGCCGACUGGCUUUGCGGGUCGUACUGUUGCGCCCUUGAUACCCCAAGCAACUGGCUUCGUAGACCCACGGUUGCAGAUGAUGUCUAACUCGUUCUUACCUGCCAAUAUCUCUGCACCAUAUAGUGCGGGAGGAAUGCCCCAGCUUGCUGCCCCUCCCCAACAACAGUUGGGCGGUCUAUCUUUGCAGCAAUCCUUCCAGCAACAUAAUCAGACACGAGGCAUAGGGUCUGCACCCAAGAUCCCAUGGACGCUCUCCAAGGGUGAAAAGAAGCAAUACGACCAGAUUUUCAGAUCCUGGGAUGCCCAAGGCACUGGUUUCAUCAGCGGUCAGACUGCACUCGAGGUCUUCGGCCAAAGUGGAAUCGAUAAGAAUGAUCUUGCUCGCAUCUGGACCCUUGCUGACGCUGAUAACCGCGGCAAGCUCAACCUUGCUGAAUUCCAUGUCGCAAUGGGCCUGAUCUACCGCAAACUUAAUGGCAAUGACAUACCUGAUGAACUUCCAUCCGAACUCAUCCCUCCUUCCUCCCGAGAUCUUGAUACCUCUGUUAAUUUCCUCAAGGAUAUUCUCAAGAACGAUACACGCGCCCGCUCUCCAUUGGGUCUUGACACUCCUGUCUCGCGUCUCAAAGAGCGCUCAUUUAAUUCUACAUCUGUACCAGGUGCUGGCGGACGACAAGAUGCUACAGUCUACAAGCACACCGACGCAGAACCUCCUGGUGGGUUCUACCAGCCCCGCAGCAGGCAUCUCGACCGCAGCACUGUGCGCUCGCGCAAUGAAGACAACAGCCCUACCGCAGAUAUGUCUGAUAUAAAGCGUCAACUUGCCAACACGCAAAAGAUGCUUGAUGCAAGCGCAGUAGCAGAUGCGGGCGAUGAUGAUCUCGAUCGUGAGAUGGGCGAUCUGCGUUACCGCAUAAAGCGGCUGCAAGAUGAUCUGGACUAUGUCUCCCGCGGUCCGAGGAGCGCAAGCAAAGAGGAGGAGCGUAGGAGGUUGGAGAGAGAGCUUUUGCAGCUCAUGCAUGAGCGCGUACCUGAGCUCGAGCGCAAGAUCGAGGACCGCCAGGCGAGAAAAGAGAGGGAGGAUCGCGAGUACGCCAGAGAGCGUGAUAGGAGGAAUGAGAGAUCUGGUCGGUUUGACGAUACGGAUGGCCGGCAUUCGCCUUCCUUGCGCUAUCGAGAUGAUGACCGCGAUAGACCUUAUUCUCGCAGUGCAUCAAGGUACGAUAGGGAUGGCAGAGACUAUGACAAGGAUAGGUCGUACCGUGACCGCCAUGACGAUCGGGAUCUAGAUCGUAGUCUGUCGACAUCAACGCGUACUCCGCCGCCGCCGCCGCCACCUGCUGCUCCGGCAAACAACAUAUCGCAACCUCCACCUCCACCGCCGGCAGCCCCCAGCCGCUCGCCUGCUCCAGGGAUGAAAAACAUGACACCUGAAGAGCGCAAAGCGUUUAUCCAAGUGCAAGCCAAGAAACGUCUCGAAGAGCGUAUGCAAGCUCUAGGCGUUUCUGCCCCAUCGUCGACUACAUCACCUACCUUGGAUGUCAGUGUUGAAGACAGACUCGCUCAGGAGAAGAAGGAAGCGGAGGAGAAAGCCAAGGAAGCUGAGAGACAGGCUGAAGAGCGCGAGAGGCUUAGGAGAGAACGACUUGAAAGCGAGAAGGCUCUCAAGGAAGCCAAGGCAACUCCUCAACCUACGUCUACUGUACCUACACCUACUACCACCGCCCCAGCUCCUGCUCCUGCACCCAAGGUUGCGUCGCCAGCUCUGAAACCACGUGCACCUCCACCUCCACCAAGGAAGGGUUUUGCUCUUCGUCCACCUGCGACUCCAUCUUCUGUGCCCUCGCCUGCUCCCGCUCCCCCAGUACCAACCCCUGUGCAUGCUGUUGUUCCCCCGCCAGCCCCCGUAGCACCUGCUCUUCCACCAGUACCUACUGUACCCAAAGAAGACCCGGAGGACGCAGCUUUCAAAGCCCGUGAAGCAGCCCUUCGCCAGAAACGAGAAGACCACGCUGCCCUCCUCCGCAAGCUUGAGGAAGAGGAGGAGGAAGCGCGUCGUGCUGAAGAAUUAUACCUGGCACGCCGAAAGCAGUUCUUGGCUGGUAAAUCUGCCGUAUCUCCUACCACGCCUGCUACACCUACGUCUCCCGUCCCCCCCCCGCCGCCGCCGCCGCCUGCUCUUCCAGCAGAGCCCGAGUCUGGGCCAGAGGAAGUGGCGCCUACUAUUACUGCUCCACCACCGCCGCCGCCGCCGCCGCCCGUAAUGCCUGUAAAUAAGUCGAGUACCAAUCCUUUCAGUCGAAUGAUGAAGGAGGGGGGGUCUGCUGUUUCGACCCCUGCGGCGUCCAACGGUAGCAGCAACCCCUUCUUCCUCAACAAUCCUGCGCCUCCACCUACCGCGCCCGCUCCCCCGAAAAGUCCCGGACCCUCGAGCAAAACGACCUACAACACAGCUGGAGGUGAUAGUGAAGAUGACUGGGAUGACGUCAUGGAAAACGAAGAGAAUGAUAGUAGUGAUGAGGAUUUGGGUUCGAGGGAUACACGUAUGGGUUUGGCGCAACAGCUGUUUGGGAACUUGUUGCCUUCAAGGCCGCAAUCUACUGGGCCUGAGAAGUCUCGAAGUCCUGCGCCUUCUGUGCCUCUGCCGCCACCUUCUGCGCCUCCUGCACCAUUUGCUCCCACUCCCCCUGCUGCACCUCCGCCACCCGCACUCGCUGCACCCUCUCCGCCAUCCGCGCCAUUUGCACCCCCGCCACCAGCAGUCAAUAUCGCUUCCCCAGCUCCAACUGGUGAUCGCAAUGCCCUCUUGAGCGCUAUCCAAGGAGGAGCAAGAUUGAGGAAGUCUGUUACCAAUGACCGCAGUGCUGCAGCGACCUCUGGCAAAGUUAUUGGUGAUGUUGCUCCUCCUGCUCAUAUCAAUGCUGCGUCCCGUCCAGCGUCGCCUCCCGCUGCUAUUGCAUCAGCAGCAUUUGUACUUCCUUCACCUCAAGAGCCCAUCACCGAGGCAGCCCACAUCCCCGGAGGGUCGACUUCAGGACACGGUAAAAAGGAAUCGGUUGAUUGGUAUACUGGUCUUGCUGCUGACCAUGGCGCAGUGCAUCACUUGCCAGCUACUAUCGAGGAGGAUGAGGAGGGAGCUGAGGAUGUGUCUGCGAUGCCGGAGAUUCAAGUUUCUGAGGCAACGACUGAUCUGAUGGAUGAUAUUGAUAGGUCUACUGAGUUCCGUGUGCGAUCGCUUUACACGUAUGAGGGACAGAGACCUGAUGAUCUUAGUUUUGUUGAGAACCUGAUCAUUACUGCUCAUCCAUCCAAGACAGGAGGCGAUUGGUGGUAUGGCACCAUCGUCAAGGACGGCAAAUCCGGAUUCUUCCCACAAACAUACGUACAAAUGGUGGAACCAGUGAAAGCAAAUGCUUUGUACUCGUAUGCAGGGGAGAACGCAGAUGAGCUUCCCUUUGCGGAAGGUGACGAACUCUCCAUCAUAGAUAGAAGCGAAGCAGAUUGGUGGAAAGCUGAACGAGACGGGAUCGUCUUCAUCGUGCCAGCGGCUUACCUGGAGAUAGUAGAGGCCGCCGGAUCUCCACACCUCGUGCGCGUGAACCCGCGUGAGAAGCCGUCGACUAACAUUGACAGCGUCGAACGUCUUGACAUUACGGGAGCAACAGCUGCCAGUGGAUCACCUGAUGAUGAUGACAACCGAGUUGACAGGUCUUCCGAUGGGGGCGAGGACUAUUUUUCGAUGGACGAGUCAGAUGACGAUUCAGAAGGGUCUGAAGAUGGGACUGUUGAGGACGAACACGCUCGAGAGCUUGAACGUCAACGAGUGUUGGAGGCGGCGGGUCUGAUUGUAGAUACGAGCUCGCGUGUGAUGGCGCCGCCUAAUCCGCCAGUACAGAAGCGCCGCCCUCCACCCGUGACCCCUCAUCGUGUUUCCAUAGCACCAGUGACUUCGAAGAAUCUUCCGCCGGUACCGACUGUCGACUUGACAGAUACUGAACUCGAUUCGACGUCUCGUCUGGACGACGCUUUCGACCGGUACGAGGUUUUCAAGAAAACGAAUGUGAAUUUCAACAAUAGGAUGUCUGUCUCAUCCUUUGAUACCACUCCUUCGUCGCCGCCGCGCUCGCCUGCUGUGUCUUUGGCGCCUAGUCUUACCCAUCGAGAGUGGGAGAGUCGUACGUCGCAGUUUUUGAGCUUUUUGGGGAGACAUACGAAUAGGUCGACUACGCCGGAACCUGAGAAGAAAACGUUGGUCAUAUCUGGUCCUAUCGUCAAUACGCCUCUUGGUGGUGAGACUGGAGAUGAGGGCCCUAGUUUUGGCACGUCGUGGGCGAGUUUAGUGGAUAAAUCGGCGCUCGAGGGCAUUCCUAAGAUGGAGCGGCGGCGACAAGAGGCAAUAUUUGAACUUAUCUCCACCGAAGCAGACUACGUUCGCGACCUGCAGCUCAUCGUUGGAUUGUUCUACUCUCGACUUAUGGGCACGCUCGGAGAGAAGGCGACCACUGUUAUAUUUGCUAAUAUUGAAGACAUACUACUCACUAAUACUACAUUCCUUUCUGUUCUUGAAGAGCGUCAGAAAGACUGUCGGCUCUAUAUCGACCACAUUGGCGAUGUUCUGGAGACUCACAUUCCUAACAUGCACCUUUAUUUGUCGUAUUGCGUGAACCAGUUCAAUGCUGCCAAGGUUCUUCAGUCUAUGAGAGACAGCAAUGCUGACCUUGCUGCUCAACUUCAGCGCCUCCGCGAUGACCCUUCUGCUCGAUCUCUUGAUUUAUCACAUUAUCUCCUCGUACCUAUGCAGCGCCUUACCCGAUAUCCUCUCCUCAUUCGUCAAAUCCUUCAAUACACCGAUCGCCCCUCAACGACUGACACUAACACUGCUACUCAACCUGCAACUAGCGGCUACUCACCAGGCGAUGCCGAGGAACGACGAAACAUCAGUGCUGCUUUGGACGCAGCAGAGAAGAUUCUAGAGCACGUGAACGAGACGAUACGGGAGCAAGAAGGGAAGGAAAGGCUGAGUGAGAUUAGCAAGGAUCUAUGGAUCGGACAGGGUCGCCUUGAUCUAACUGCUCCAACUCGCCACCUGGGACCGCGAAAGCUUUUGAAGGAAGGGGUGAUAAGCAAAGCAAAAAGCGGCCGCAAACUUCGUCUGUUCCUGUGCAGCGACAUACUUGUGCUGACGCAUGAAGGGGGCAAGGGUUUAUAUCGUGUUCCCAUACCUCUCAACGAAGUACAAAUAAAGGGGUCGAGAAACGAGCGAGACGACUCUCUGCUUCGCCUGCACCUUGCAUACCCGCGUGGUGGCGAUACCAUUGUUUUGCGAGCAAACUCAAUCAAGGAAUGCUUAUCAUGGAGAGACGCAAUAGAACGUGCUAGUCGGAGAGCUAGAGAGGGAGAACGAAGAGCUGCCAAAGCUCAGCGUACGGUAUCAUUGAAGACGGACCUAGUAGUAUCGUAGAGUUUACAGACAUUUGAUUCGAUUUAUUUGCUAUGACUCACUGGGAUAAAUGAAGGAUACGACUGUCUUCCUGAAUUCUAGUAGUUGCAGGGUCUGCCAGUGACUAUGGGAGACUGCACGAAAGCAGAUCCAAAUAUGUACAUAGACGAUUGUGGGCCGCCCACACAGCCUGGUACCUCAGUCAACUGACUUCAAGUAUGGAUCUUGAUUUACAUAAAGCUGAAUCAAGGACUCAUCGAUGCAUCGUGUAUGCAGCCAUAUAUAUUGCCCAUUACCCGCUGCCCAUUGCCCUAGAUGCUGGCUUCAGGUCAGGAAAAACUACCAUCCUCCAGAGAGUUUGUAAUACACGGGACAACCCACGAAUCUAUAAUUGUGCUGGGAAAAAGGCGCGCCCC